GAAAUGGGUUAUAAUAAUUGAAAUUUAGGAGUAAGGGAAAAUGGAGAAAAGUGAUCUAGAAGAAGAGCUUAUUAGGACGGAGGAAGGGAGAGAGGUGUUUAGUAGUUCUAUCAAUAACGAAGAAGGUUUCAUCCCAGCUCAAGAACUCAGUAAAGAAGAAACUAAAGAUGAGUUCAUCGACAUGGACAUCCCAGCGAGGAAGAGGAAGGAAACAAUCGUCAUUAGAAGAGAUCAAUGGAGAGAUAUCAGGAUUAACACAGAGCUUGGGUUCCGGGACCAAAGACAUGGAGGUUUCAGAGGGAAUAAGAUCAAGACUUCCAAGUAUACAAUCCUGAACUUCUUACCCAAGAAUUUAUUUAUCCAGUUUACAAAAUCAGCGAACGUGUACUUUUUGAUAAUGGUUGUACUCCAGUGUAUCCCAGCAGUGACGAUUACGCAGGGCCAGCCGACUAUUCUAGUGCCACUUGGAUUUGUGACCUUAGUCUCGAUGGUAAAGGAUAUAAUCGAAGACUACAAAAGAUAUUCAUCAGAUACAAUGGAGAACAAUAGAAAAGUGCUGGUCAUCCCCCAGGGACCUCAGAUAGAAGAAGCAACAGAAAGAGAGGGUGAAGAUCUGUUCAAGGACAUCCAAUGGAGAUCUGUUAGCGUCGGUCAAAUCUGCAAAAUCAAAUGUGAUGAGUACUUCCCCGCAGAUAUGAUCCUUCUCAACUCAGAUGACCCCCAGGGUAUUUGCUAUGUAGAGACCAAGAAUCUAGAUGGAGAGACUAAUAUGAAGCACAAGGUUGCUAAUAAGAAGGUCUUGCAAAGAAUCAAGCAAGAGAAAGAUCUUGAAAAUUUUAUUGCAGAUAUUUCAUGUCAACCUCCGAAUGAAUUUUUGUAUAAAUUUGAAGGGAAGAUAAACUUUAGCCCUAAUGAUUCAGAAUUAAGUAAUACAGGAAGAAGAUCUAACAAAGAGAGUGCUCCUCUAGAUGCUAACCAAAUGCUUCUCAGAGGGAGUAGUCUCAGAAAUACUGAAUAUGUUUACGGAGUUGUAGUAUACACUGGUCAUGAGAGUAAAAUUAUGAAAAAUUCACCAGAAAGUAGAUACAAGACUUCAAAAAUGGAGCAGUUGACAAACAAGUUUAUUAUCUAUACUUUCAUUUUCCAAAUUGUCAUCUGAUUAUUCGCAUCCAUCUACUCAACCAUCUGGACAAGUGUGUUCAGGGAAGAAACAGAACAGUACCUCAAAUGGAGUCUUGACACAGGAGUAAUUGCCAACAAUGUAUUUGUCAACUUCUUGGUAACAUUUGCGUCAUGGCUGCUGAUUUUUUGAGAUUUUGUCCCAAUAUCUUUGCUAGUCACUUUGGAAAUUGUAAAAUUUAUUCAAGCACAGUUUAUUAAUUGGGAUCAUACUAUAUAUGAUGAGACCAAAGAUAUGGCAACUAAGGCACAAUCUUCAAAUCUAAAUGAAGAGCUUGGGCAAGUUGAGUACAUCUUCUCUGAUAAAACAGGAACUCUCACACAGAAUGUAAUGGAAUUUAAAAAGAUGGUAAUCGGUCCUGUUUCUUACGGAAAAAGUGAAUCGGAGAUCCCCUCACCAGAAGAGGGUAAGAAAGAAGAAGACAAAAAUGAGGAAGAUGAUUUUAUAGAAGAUCUCUCAGAGCCUCAAAAGACAAACCCAGAUAUUACAAAUGUCAAUUUCUAUGAUCCAAAAUUUUACGAAGACUAUAGAAACCCUCAUUGCCAAAAUCUCUCGAUGAUAAAAAGAUUCUUGUUACAUCUAGCAUUAUGUCAUACAGUGAUUAUUGAGAAGAAGGAAAGUAACGGGGAAACAAAGAUGAUCUAUAACGCAAGCUCUCCCGAUGAACUGGCUCUGGUCAAUGCAGCUAGAUAUUUUGGAUACUUCUUCAAGGAAAGAGACUCUGAAAACAACAUCUGCCUUGAGAUGGAAGAUGGUUCCAUUGAACAAUACAAACUACUAAAUGUGAUAGAGUUUGACAGUACAAGGAAAAGAAUGUCUGUGAUCAUCAGGAUACCAAGCGGCGAAAUAAAAGUCCUUUGCAAAGGUGCAGAUUCAAUCAUCGAGCAAAGACUUCGAGACCAGAUAAAUAUGCCAGAGACGACUAAAUAUCUUGAAAAUUAUGCAAGCGAGGGUCUCCGAACCCUCCUCCUUGCUGAGAAGACUAUUGAUGAGGAGGAAUACAAAGAAUGGAACAAGAAGUAUGAAGAAGCUUGCAUUUCUACUUCUAACAGAGAGGAAAAUAUAGCUAAAAUCGCUGAGAAAAUUGAGUGGGAAUUUGAGCUUGUUGGAGCAACUGCUAUCGAGGAUAAACUCCAAGACGAGGUGGCAGAUACUAUCAAUAUCCUUAAAGAAGCAGGUAUCAAGAUAUGGGUACUCACCGGAGACAAGAUAGAAACUGCUAUAAAUAUCGGAUAUUCUUGUAAAGUCCUUAGUAAUGACAUGGAUCAAUACAUUAUUGAUAAUACAAAAACUAGUGAUAUCUCAGAUAGAUUAAUAGAAGUCCAGAAUGAGUUUGAGCAAAGUGAAGCCAGAAAUCAUGGCUUAAUCGUUGCAGGAGACUCCUUACUAAAAAUCACCAGCAGCUCUGACCUCUGAGAGCCAUUUAAGGAGCUAGCUGACAAAAUGAAGGUAGUGAUUGCAUGUAGAGUCUCUCCAAAGCAGAAAGCAGAGAUUGUUCAACUUGUGAAAGACCAAUAUCCUCAAAAAACAACACUCAGCAUUGGAGAUGGAGCUAAUGAUGUCAAUAUGAUAACUACUGCUGAUAUUGGGGUAGGAAUUAGCGGGUUAGAAGGACAGCAAGCAGCUAGGGCAAGUGAUUAUGCUAUUGGUCAAUUUAAAUACUUGAAAACCCUCCUUCUUGUCCAUGGAAGAGAAUGAAACAGAAGAAAUGCUUACGUAGUCGGAUACAUGUUCUACAAAAAUAUGCUCUUUGUAUUGUGCAUCUUCUGGUUUGGAAUAGUCAGCGCAUUCUCAGGAAUGAGUAUUUAUGAACAAUGGCUAUAUCUUUUCUUUAACGUAGUUUUCACUGCAUUCCCAAUCAUGUGGUUUGCAGUCUUUGAUUAUGAAUAUACCAAGAAAGAACUUGCAGAAGAUCCAAAAUAUUAUAUCUAUAUUGUUAAAAAGUCAAUUUCGCUUGGUAAAUUCCUUAGAUGGAUCUUCUUUGCUGUGUGGCAAUCAAUGAUAUUCUGAGUGCUCGCAUUCAUCCCAUUUGAAAAACAAGGAGGUACUCUGUGGAUGGAAGGAAACUUUGUAUAUCUAGGUGUCGUGAUGAUAGUCAACAUCAAAAUUUUGACAGACACUAGUAACCACACAAUAAUCUCAAUCUUACUGUUCUUAAUGUCAAUACUUUUGUUCCUCCUGGGAACUGUUGCUAUUAACUUCUUUACUUUCAGUGACCUGUAUGGUGUUUUAGAAAAUACGCUCACUUCAAUAGAAUUCUACAUGAUUUUGAUCCUCUUCAUGCUGGCUAUUGCUCAGAUCGAUAUCGGUGUCAACUAUGUCAAUAGAGAGAUUAGACUUAGAUUCAUAGGAUUCGUGCAAAGAGUUCAAUCAAGAUUUUACAGAAGAAAGACAGUCGACGAACAAAAUAUCCGUAAAACAACGAAAAUCCAUACUGGUUUUGCCUUCUCUCAAGAUCCAGGUAAUGCACCACAAGUGGUGGAUAAGGUGACUAAGAAAUAUCCAGAUGCUCCCCAUUUCUCGAAUGCAGAGCCUGAAGAAUACUACAAUUUGCAUAAUGAGGCUGAAUAGCCAUUAUCUUAUUUCAAUCUUGA